AUGACGGUGGCAGCAAGCGUUCUCGGCUACGCCGGUCUCGGCUUCAUCACACGAUGCUACGCACUUGGCAUUCAGAAGCGUAACAUCUUCGACAACCUCGGUGGACACGCCAUGAUGAUGACCGCUUUUGGUGCUCUUGGAUACUACGUCCACGGCCUCGAGGGUCGUCAAUUAGAACUCAUUGCAAACAAGAAGGAGCAGAUCCUCAAGAACCGCGAACGCAUCGCCGCCGCUUCCUCCAAGGACGACGAGUGA